CUCCACACACGCAACGGUGAGCUACAGAGAGGCAGAGGGUCCGCCACAUACCGAAGAAAAUGAAAGAUAUGUGUGUCUUCGUGUUUGCAGAAACUUCCCUGCGAGUCCCGUGAGGUGUCAUGCGUGUUCACCUGACCGUCACUAUUGUGUUUCUCUGUGCGCUGAUGGGCGUGGCAGUCACUGGUAACCCAUUAAGAAGGACAGGCCUGCUUCCAUGUUACGGUGUAUGUUGUGGUGUUGCGUUGGUCUGUGGAGGGGAGUCACCUGGCGAGCAAGUCGCUGCUGCUGCUGCCGCUGGCGAUGGACAGACCAAGCAGACCAAGCAGCACGGUGUGCACUGACGCAGAUGUGGCACUCCUGUCUCUCUUCACACAGACAUUGCACCCCUGGUUGAUGUGUGUCUGCAUCUCUUUGUCAGGUGGUUCCCUCCGCGGAGGCAGAGCGGCAGAGCCUGACGAAGCCACUUCAAGUGGGUCAUCAUAUCAACAGACGAGCAUGACAGAUAAACCAAAGCAGUGCCCAUGUCUGUCUGCCCACAGGCAGGGAUCUCGAAAUGGGACCUGCUCAACCUGUCGAACCCGGGCCUCCUAACGGCAACGAGCCAGACCCCCCCGAUGAUGAUUACGAUGAUGACGACCGACGAUAGCCGUGAGGGCACCUUCUCUCUCUCUUACUUUUUUUUCUUCUUUUUUCUGCUGCUUCUUCUUCUCUCUUUUACUUUUUGACUCGCCUGUCGGUGUCAAAAACACACCCACCAUACCCACACACACGCACGCACGCACGCACGCGGAGAGAGAGAGCGAGAGAGAGAGAUGCGGGAGCCUCGUGAUUUGCUGCGUUUGCCGGGCGGUUUCGGCUUCUGACCUGACUGAACCCUGACUGGCCAUGGAGCAGUCAAUUUUUGUAUGGACUGUUCACUUUUUGUAUGGACUUACGCACCCCCAACACAGACAGGGAGAGAGAGAGUGAGAGAGGGCGGGAGCUCCAUACACUUUCAUGUUCCCUCAGCUCAGACGUGUGUAGUUGUCUUGCUGGCCGCAUACAUUCGAUUGCUUGGGGUGUUCGUCUGUCACUGACCAGCUCACACGCCGCUCGUGAUGUGGCGUGGGGCGUGGCCGGCACAAACAGCCGACAGAUGAUGGUUAUUUCGCUAGAAGCGUCGUAGUCGACGUGUGUUACUGUAGCUGAGUCAAUUUCCAUGCGCACCCACCGGGGUUUUCAUGCAAUGAGUGAGGGCGCAUUCCUUGUGUGUCUGUCGGUCGAGGGCAAGCACCCGGUCACCCGAACGCCUUCGGUGCAUACAGUCAUUUAUUUGCAUGGUAGGGUAGAGAGAGGAAGCAGACCAAAGUGGGAGUCGGUGCGUUGGCUAUGUCUGUAUGCGGCAUGAGUGGUUGGUUACCUUGGUGUGUCGAUGGUUGGAUGAGAGGUGGAUGCACUGAUUGAUGGCACGGCCGCCGUAUUGGCGAGCCCACUUUUAUGAUACACAAUACAGUACAUGUCUGCAUUCAAUUGACUGGAUGCAGUCGAUUGCUUGGGGUGCUUGUUUGUUGUGUCGAGCAACGCCCACGUCGAGUCAUGGACGAGGGAUACCGCCCGUGAUGUGGCGUGGGACGUGGCCAACACAACAGACAAACACACCCGCGGCGAUCGACCAGUGAUGAUGACAAUGGACGGCAGUUGACAUUUCAUGCGAUCGCAUGCGUUCAUGGACCAUCACACCGUUGAUUUCAAUACACGCAGUCUGUACA